CCUCCUGUCUGUGCCAUGGAUGGUGUUGUUACAGAUCUUAUAGCAGUCGGUUUAAAGCGUGGAUCUGACGAGCUUCUUUCUUCUGGUAUCACUAACGGGCCUUUUACCAUGAACAAUUCUACUCCAGCUACAGCUAAUGGGAAUGACAACAAGAAAUUUAAAGGAGACAGAUCUCCCUGCUCCCCUUCUCGUGUCCUUCAUCUGCGUAAAAUUCCAAAUGAUGUCACAGAAGCGGAAGUCAUUUCAUUAGGUCUCCCUUUUGGCAAAGUAACCAAUCUCUUGAUGCUGAAGGGAAAAAGUCAGGCUUUCUUAGAAAUGGCUUCUGAAGAAGCUGCUGUUACUAUGGUGAACUACUACACUCCUGUUACACCUCACCUCCGCAGUCAGCCUGUUUAUAUUCAGUAUUCCAAUCACAGAGAACUUAAGACUGACAAUCUACCUAACCAGGCUAGAGCUCAAGCUGCAUUGCAAGCAGUGAAUGCUGUGCAGUCUGGAAGCCUGGCCCUUACAGGUGCUCCUUCUACUGAGGGUGGACUGCUUCCAGGCCAGAGUUCUGUUCUCCGAAUUGUUGUGGAAAACCUCUUCUAUCCAGUCACUUUAGAAGUGCUAUAUCAGAUUUUCUCCAAGUUUGGAACUGUCCUGAAGAUUAUCACCUUCACAAAGAACAAUCAGUUUCAGGCCUUGCUUCAGUAUGCUGAUCCAAUGAAUGCACAUUAUGCCAAAAUGGCUCUGGAUGGCCAGAAUAUCUACAAUGCAUGCUGCACUCUCCGUAUUGAUUUCUCCAAGUUAACAAGCCUUAAUGUAAAAUACAACAAUGACAAAAGUAGAGAUUUCACUCGCCUUGACCUUCCAUCUGGUGAUGGCCAGCCCUCCCUUGAUCCCACCAUGGCUGCCACUUUUGGUACCCCGGGUAUCAUCUCCUCACCAUAUGCAGGGGCUGCUGGAUUUGCCCCAGCCAUUGGUUUUCCUCAGGCUGCAGGUCUUUCAGUCCCAGCUGUUCCUGGAGCACUUGGUCCUCUUGCAAUCACCACCUCAGCAGUGACUGGACGAAUGGCUAUUCCUGGAGUUGCAGGAGUUCCAGGAAAUUCUGUUUUGCUUGUCAGCAACCUAAAUCCUGAUGCUGUCACACCACAUGGACUCUUUAUCCUAUUCGGUGUUUAUGGUGAUGUACAUCGCGUGAAGAUAAUGUUUAACAAAAAAGAAAAUGCCUUGGUACAGAUGGCAGAUGCAACCCAAGCUCAACUAGCCAUGAGUCACUUGAAUGGGCAGAGACUGUAUGGAAAAGUGCUCCGUGCAACUCUUUCAAAGCAUCAGACAGUUCAGCUUCCUCGUGAGGGACAAGAGGACCAAGGCCUGACGAAAGACUACAGCAAUAGUCCUUUGCAUCGUUUCAAGAAGCCUGGCUCGAAGAACUUCCAAAACAUAUUUCCUCCAUCUGCCACUCUCCAUCUUUCCAACAUUCCACCUUCAGUUACUGUUGAUGAUCUGAAGAACCUCUUUGCAGGUACUGGAUGUACUGUGAAAGCGUUCAAAUUCUUCCAGAAAGAUCGUAAAAUGGCUCUCAUCCAGUUGGGCUCUGUGGAAGAAGCAAUUCAGGCUCUCAUUGAGCUUCAUAAUCACGACCUUGGAGAAAACCAUCACCUCAGAGUUUCUUUCUCCAAAUCUACAAUCUGACAUUUCUGUGAACUUUCCUUUUAAGACUGCACCACAGUUUCAGUAAAACCUUCAGACAGAGACUGAAGCAGCUACGACCAACUCUGCCUCUUAAGAAAGAAAAAAACAAAACUCACGCUGAGUUUGAUGAUCAUGUGUAUUCGUACACAUAGUAAAAAAUUCAAGGGAUGAUCUUUUCCAUUUUUUUUGCCAGUAUGUGGUCAAACGUUUAAUACUCCUCCAUAAGCAGUUUCUUCUGUGGAAUUAAUCUUUAGCAACAAUACUUACAGUAAAACUCCCUAUUUUGAAUUAUAUUUCAGGAGCAUCCUUUUAGUUUUUGUUCCAAAUCAGCCUUACACAACAUUUCUUAAGGCUCUUUAAAUUAUACCAGGCCAAGAUUGUUUCUAAUGAAAUGCUAAAUCUACUCCCCCUCUGUAUGGAUUAAACACUAAUAUGAAUGUGAAAUAGCACUUGGGUUUCUUAGUGAAAAGUCAGCCUUUACAAUGAAUGUUCAUUGAAAAAUAUAUAUAUUAUUGAAUAAUGGCUUUUAUUUUGGCAGAUCUGAAUAGUGUGCUCUCUUUUUGUUAAAUUAGCAACUUUUCACAGAGUUAAAAUUAUCAGAGGCAAGGCAGUGCAGUGCCUUCUUUUUCCCUUAAUAAAAUCAAAGUAAAUUAAUUGACACACAAGAUCCUUUUGAGGUAUGGUAUCUGCCACUUGUAGCUUGGAAUUAAAUCAUGGAAUCACGUUCAUAUUUUUUCAUUUUUACUAUAAAAUGAUGUUGUGUAAUACGACUUUGGAGAAAUUGAAAGGAGAAAAUAGUCCUGACUUCAAAUAGUUUUUUACAUUUCUUUUUAAAAAAUGUUUACAGUCUUAAGGAAAAUAUUCAGGUCUGUCAUGGUUUGACAAAUUUUUAAAAAGUUAUUUUUGGUAAGGUCUUCUUUUAAAAGAAAUUUAAACCUCAAGGGUUUUUUGUACCACUAUAAUCUCUAAUACUUAAAUCAGAAUGACUGUGUAUUUACUUAAUUUCUUAUUACGUGCCUUAUUAUGUGCUUAUAAUGAUACAAUAGCUUAGAGUUUUAUCUAAAGUAUCUUGAAAACUGUAUUGUGGGCUUGGUGAGAGAGUUUUCUUGAUCUAUUAGGUUUUUUUAAUGUUUUCCUUGUGAUUUUUAAUUUUUUUCAAUAAGUAAUAGUCUGAAUUCAAAUUUUUGGUGCUUUGGUGUAGAUUGGGGAGGUGGGAAUGAGGAUAACUAGUGCACAAUCCUGUAGGCCUCUUCACAUUUACCUGGGUGCAGUUGGCUGACACCUAUAUUGGCUGUAAAUGAUUUUGUUUCUGGAUUUUUUCCUAAUCUCUUUUGAGCCAUUGGCUCUCAAAAUAUUUUCUCAGGAUUCCUGUUUUUCCCCCUAUAUACUGAGCUCGAAGUACUAAAGAGUGAACUUGAUUUCCUACAUAAAUAUCAUGACUUCAAUACUGAAUGUCCACUUCUCUUAAGAGAGCAAGUUAAGAUGCAAUUACUAUUUUUUGUUGAAUGUAGGUAUGAAUUUUAAAGUUAUUUCUGUGAUUGUGUUACAAAAUGUUAAGUUUUUUUGGAAGGAAAUUUCCUUUUCUUGAAGUUUGUCCACAUAAAUUUGAUCAAGAUUUUUUGAAGAGGUAUCCCUCUCAAACAUAAUGGUUGUUUGUUUCUGCUUGUUAGAACUGCUUCAGAAAUAAUUGCAGAUGUAGAGCUUUUGCUAUAAUGGUUUGUUACUCAUUCACCUUGGUUUUUCAUUAAGCAUAUAUGUUCUUCCCAUACUCCUAGUUGUGGAUUAGCAUACUAUGAGAAUCCUGUAAAGAUUGAACUCACCUAGAAAAGGUGUCCAUCAACCUGAGUAACCAUUUUGAGACAGAAGUCAAAGAUAAAUUAUCUCAAAUAUUUCUGUAGAGCAGUAGGCUAAAGAGAAGGACACUAGCUUGCCUUUACUUACUUAAAUAUCUUUGUGAAGCACAGUACAUGAUGAUGAAGUUGGCAAAACUCUCCAUUUUCCUGCAAUGUACUCAUACCAUUUGAUAAAGCAUGCACACUAGGAAGUGUGUACACCAUGAAGAAACACCUAUAAAUAACUUUCCUUACCAAAAAGAGAGUAGUAUAAAAGGUGAUUUGUCGGCAUUUCAGAGUCUUUCUCCUUCCAUUUGUCCAAAUAGGUGAUUUCACCUGGGAAAAUUUCAAGCCAGUUUAUUCACAAAAAGGUUUAGGGUACCUUUGGUCCAUAACACUAUCUUAAGUUUUUGAAUUAGCAUUAUUUUAUCGUAAUGUAGUGUGCAGGACCCUUUAUUUGCAGAUGGGUCCUUAUUCAACAAGGAAAGUACUUACCAUAUAUUUUAAGCAUAUGUUAAUUGCCUUCCUGAUCCAGAACCAUAGUAAAGGUGCUUCCUUACUGCACUUAAGAUGGUUGCAAAACUUAUUUGAAUGUUACCUGAAAACCUUGGCCAUGGGGAGGGUUUUGUUUGUUUUUUGUUUUUAAAGAAUUGCUGCUACAAAUGAGAUGAAUUGAAUUGUAUUGGAGUUGAAUGUAAUUAUGAAGCAGGGAGAAGCAACCUUAAGUUUGAGAGUUAGUAUUGGCAUGUAUAAUAUCAAGUGAAGUGUGUAUACUGUGUGUAUAAUAUGCUGUAUGUGUGUACAGACAUACACAUUACAUGUAUUUUAAUUUAUUGAUUCUGAUAACAGAAGAUAGGGAUGUUUGAACUAAUUUAAACAGAUGAGGGAUUUAUGGUGUGAUAUUAAAAUGGGAGGAAGAACAAAUAUUUGAUUUGUUAACUUUAAAAAUGUAGCUACAUUUAGUAUAUGAAUAAUGUCAGUUCUGGACUAUUUGCAGUUUGAAUUGUAGAGGCCUACAGUUUAUAUGUUGGCACAUAUUUCUAAAAUACUGUUUCUUUAAGAGAAUAAUUUGGGGUGGCAGAUAUUUCUAAUCUUCUGUGAGCUUUUUUUGUCUCACAGUAUAUCUUCUAUCUUA